AUGGCCGGGGCUGCUAGGGCAUUUCGGAGGGCAGUGCUGCAUGGUCUGCUUCUCCUUGCGGUGCAGUGGUCAAGGGCAUGGCUGGGCCUCGCCCACAGAGGCGAUCGGCUCAAAAGAUGGGUAGUCCGACAGGCGACAGGGGAGCAGAAUGCCUUGCAAGAGAAGGCGAGGACCGAGGCGCCCGUUCUCUUUGGGGACUCCGACUUGAAGCUUCCGGAUGAGACGGCGUUGGCCCUUCGCGCUCGAGCUCGGCGGCGUGCAGAUUGGGCUCGCAAGAGGUUGGACCUCCACACGGAAGACGUCUUGGAGGAUAUUCCUGCAACCUUGGAGGGAGAUCGAGCACAGGAUGUGGAGCGCGAGGGCAAUCUGAUUCGCAAGAGAGUGGAGGCGAAGCGUGCAAAGGAACGCCAGGAGGCAGAGUUGAAGGCCACGACGUCGCUCCAGCGCCAGCUGCGGCGGAAGGAGGAGAAGCGCCUUCAAGCGGAGCGUUGGGGUUCCACCAAGGAGCGGCGCCGCGCGGAGCGCAUGGCGCAGAGCCACGGGGUCGAACUUCCUAGUUUGGAAGAGGCGCAUCGGAUGAGCGUGGUGCAGCUACGUGACGCCUUAUGGAAUGCGGGCUACCCGGCCCGAGGCCUCCCAUCCCCAGCGGACGCGAGGCAACUGGCGCCGGAGGAGCUGAAAGAGCGGCUGCAAAGGGCCAAGGUACGUUUCUUGUCGCAGCUGAGCCAUGUCCUACUGAAGGCCAAGGUAAAGGGCUCGCUGGAGGAUGAUGACUGGAGCUGA